AUGCCGUCUCUUCUCCCUCUCCACGUCAAGCACGACGUCUCCGUACACGAAGCCCCCGCACCGUCCCCCUCCAAAGCCUCUCACAUGUCCAACGUCCAGAACGAAUACGCUCCCGGAGUGAGCGAUGUUUCUGACGAACCUUUGAACGAGGGCGAUGUUGGGCCUCGUUAUCCGAAUAGGUGGUCCAGGAUACGGGAACAUAUCCGCGAGCCUGCUGCAGAAGCAUUUGGCACCUUCAUCCUUGUGCUCUUCGGCACUGGUGUCAACUGUCAAAAUGGCGUCGGCAAUAACCCGGCCACUACACCUUCCCCGCAGGCAGACCCCGGAUCGAUUGCGCUUGCAUGGGGCGCAGGCCUGGCUCUAGGAGGUUGGGUUUCUGGAGGAAUUUCCCAGGGGCACAUCAAUCCUGCGGUCACGAUUGCUAUGGCCGCUUUCGGUCGGUUUCCCUGGAGGAAGGUGCCCGGAUACAUCCUUGCUCAGUAUUUCGGUGCUUGGUUGGGGGCUAUCGUCGUAUACGCGAACUACUUCCACGCAAUCAACCUUGUGGACAAUCAUCAAUAUACCGUUCCUGGAACCGCCGGGUUCUUCGGCGCAUACGCUCUCCCUUACUUGCCCUCUGCCAAUGCCUUCUUCGACGAGUUCCUCGGGACAUUUGUUCUCGUGUUCGUCAUCUUCGCCGUCACCGACAAGUGCAGGGGCCCCAUGUCCAAGAGCCUUCUCCCGCUCGCCCUCUUCUUCGUUUUCCUUGGUAUCACGGCCGCCUUCGGCAUGCAGACAGCAUUUGCGUUGAACCCCGCCCGUGACUUCGGACCCAGGGUCAUGACCGCUAUGGUGGGCUACGGCCGUGCAGUCUUCAACUACCGCUCUCAGUACUGGCUAUGGUGCACUACCUUCGCGCCUAUCCUGGGCGCUCUCACAGCCGCUGCUGUGUAUGAUGCGCUCAUGUACACCGGUGGCGAUAGCAUCUUCAACCGUCCCAACGCAUCUGCUCUUGCAAGUUACGAAGCCGAGAGGACCUCCACUGCUGAGUCCAAACGUCGCGCGUCGACGAGCAAGUCGCUUGCUUGA